AUGGGUGACAAGGAUAAACUGAUUUUAGACGAGCCCGUCGAAGAAGGAGUCAAAACGUACUCCAAGAAGCAUGGAAAGAAACACAAAGGAUACCUUCAAGUGCCCUGGUACUUUGCGGGUGGCAUUGUCCUGUUCUGGGGACUGCUCUUCGUUGGCGUGGUGAAGCCGCUGUUCUACCGACUCCCCGAACCGCUGACAGUGGAGGAUGCCUCCAAGGGAGUGUUCAUUGCCGAACGGGCACGGGCCAAUCUGUAUGAUUUCCAGGCCAUCGGCACCAAAGUGGUUGGAAGUGAUGGCAACGAGCACAAGACCGUGGAGUUCCUGCUGAAAGAACUCAAUCUGAUAAAGGAUAAUAUUCAAGAGGAUCUCUUCGACAUGGAAAUCGAUUUGCAGCAUGCCUACGGUGCGUAUGUGAAAUGGAACCUGGUCAACAUGUACCAAGGCAUCCAGAACGUGGUGGUCAAGCUCACGCCCAAGGCCAGCACCAGUGAGAACUACAUCCUGGUGAACAGCCACUUCGACUCCCAGCCCACCAGUCCCUCCACCGGCGACGAUGGUCACAUGGUGGUCUCCAUUUUGGAGGUGCUGCGCGUGAUUUCAUCAUCGCGAGUGCCAUUCGAGCACCCCAUUAUCUUCUUGAUCAACGGAUCCGAGGAGAAUUCACUGCAGGCAUCUCACGGAUUCAUUGCCUACCACAAAUGGGCUAAGAAUUGCAAGGCGGUCAUCAAUCUGGAUGCAGCUGGCAGUGGAGGUCGCGAACUGAUGUUCCAAUCUGGCCCGAAUUAUCCCUGGUUGGUCAAGAUAUACAAAGAGGGCGCCAAGCACUACUUCUCCACCACCAUGGCUGAGGAAAUCUUCCAAACGGGUCUUGUGCCCUCCUACACCGAUUUCGACAUUUUCGUGGAAUACGGAAACCUUAUUGGUCUGGACAUUGGCCAGUGCAUCAAUGGAUUCGUCUAUCAUACUAAAUACGAUCGCAUUGAUGUGAUUCCAACGGCAGCUCUUCAGAACACGGGCGACAAUCUUCUCGGUUUGGUUCGAACUCUGUCCAAUGCCACCGAACUGCGAGAUAUCAGCGCCAACCCCACUGGCAACACCAUUUUUUUCGAUGUCCUGGGCUUGUACCUCAUCAGCUACUCAGCCGAUGUUGGUGUAAAGCUAAACUAUGCCGUGGCUGCAGCAACAAUAAUCCUGAUCUAUUUAUCCGUGCUGCGCAUAGCGGAAAAAUCGAAUGUCGACUCCGAGCAGAUCCAGAGCAACUUCAUCUUGGUUCUAGUGGUCCAGAUCAUUGCCUUUGUACUGGCAGUGGCCCUGCCCCUUUUGGUGGCAUAUGGCCUGGACAAAUAUGGCUUGUCUCUUAGCUACUUUGCCACUCCAUCGCUCCUGGUCGGCUUGUAUGUGUGCCCCAGUCUUCUCGGCCUUACUCUGCCCAGUUAUAUCUAUCUGAAGCUGAAGAAUACUGAUAAGGUUAGCUUUGCCCAGCAAGUUCAACUGAUACUCCACGGACACGCCGCGGUGGUUGCCAUCCUCUGCAUCGCCAUCAACUACUAUGGAUUGCGCACCACCUAUGUCAUCACAUGGACGCUGGUCUUCUACGUAAUCCCAUUGGCCUUCAAUCUCAUUACCACCCUGCAUGAUCGUGGAUACUCGUGGACUGGUAUAUUGAAAGUGAUCCAGGUGGCCCCGUUCAUGUACAACAGCUAUCUCUUCUACUGCUUCAUCGUGAUACUUACGCCCAUGAUGGGUCGUUUUGGAGUGGAUACCAAUCCAGACUUGUACAUUGGAGGUUUGACCGCCCUGGGAGCCAUAUUGUCCAUGGGAUUCUUGAUUUUACUGGUUAAUAUGUCCCGCCGAUCCGGAUUAGUUCUCUUCGGUCUGUUGGCCGUAGCGGCCGCCUCUGUAUAUAUUGCCAGUUCCACGGACAUCGGAUUCCCCUACCGCCCCAAAACCAACGUACAGCGAGUGCCCUACCUGCAAGUGCGCCGCGUGUUCUACGAGUACGAUGGAACAGUGAGCAAGGAUGAGAGUGGAUAUCUGUUCAACUUCCAGGAUCGUCGCGGAGUUACUCCGUUGCUGGAGUCCAAUGUGGAUCUCACUGGCCUGGUCAACAUGACAUCCGACUGCGCCAAGUACAUGAUGUGCGGCAUGCCACUGUACGAUCAUCGAUGGGUGGAGGCCAUGGAGUACACCAUGUGGCUGCCGCGAAAGAAUCCCGUUUGGACGCCAGCUGAACCCAUCCUAACGCUACUGAACAAAACUAUCCAGGCGGAUAGCAAUACUGUUCGGUUCGAGUUUGAACUGCAGUCGCCGGAUCACACCAGCAUUUUCAUUCAGCCCUACGAGGAUGUGACCGUCAGCAGCUGGUCGUUCCUCGCGGAAUACCUGACCACCAAUUCACCUCCGUACCACAUCUACUACUCCUUCGGCAUCGAUGACACGCCACUGCGCUUCUACAUCGAACUCAAGAAAUUGAAUCGCGACUUCACUGUCCCACUCUUCCAGUUGGGCGUCUCGGCGCAGUACAUGCACGUUGAUGGCGAUGAGGAGGCCAUCAGAAUGGCCAAGUCCAUACCCGACUAUGCCGUCAGUAUUCAGUGGCCAGCUAUGUAUAAGAAGUACAUCUUUUAG